AUGGCAAGUGGAUCGCGAUUCGAUACACUUCUUAACCAAGUUCAGAGCAAACUUGAUACCCUUGAAAAUGCGAAAGAUGAGUAUCCAACAAUGGAAUUAGACCAAAAAAAAACUGCAGUUUCACGUGGUUUAAGAGAUUUGAAUACAAUCAACAACAACAUCACAGAAAUGGAACGAUUAAUUCAAACUAUGCCAAUGAGAGAUAGAGAAUUCUUCACGCAAGAUAUCGUAACUUGUCGAGAUACUUAUAAAACCUUAGUUCCUGCUUAUGCAAAGAUGGAUGAAGAGACUAAACGUCUCAUUCUUAUUGCUGAACAACAGAAACGCGAUGGUGUUGAUCAAGAUACCCUAAAUCGUACAGCUGCUAAACUUGAUAACGCUAAUAGCAACCUUUCAAAGGCUAUUGGUCUUGGUGGUCAAGUUCUUAAUGGUCAGGAAAAGUCAAUGAAUACUCUUGCACAAGAUAGACAAGCCCUAGGACGUAUUGAUAACGGCGUUGAUAAUAUCAUUGAUGAAACAGGUAAAGCUAACAAACUUUCAGACGAAAUGAUCAGGCGUAAUAAAUGCAUUAACGCAAUUACAUGGAUUAUGGUUGUAAUCUUCCUAGGUAUUAUUGGUGUAAUGUGCUAUUUUAAAUGGGUCAAGUGUGUUAAAUUUCUCGGAUGCAAAAAAGAGUAUUAA